AUGGAAAAGAGUUCAAAAUUAUACCUUCUACAAGAAUAUAUGAAGGAAUAUAAUAGAGGUACUCCUCCUCCCCAUGAUAGUAAAAAUAAAGAUAACGAUAAAUAUUUAUCUUUAUAUAACGACAUAAAUAAUGAAGAUCAGUAUAUAUUGAAUCCUGCCAGAAUUGACUAUAAAAAUAUAAAUGAAAUGAAGAACUCUGUAGAUAUGAAUAAUUACUUAUCAACCAAGCAUUUGUUGAAUGAAACCUCAAAGUUCGAUGAUAAUAAGGAAGAAAUAUAUUUAAGAAAUGGCUCAUUAGAUAUGGAACAUAUUAAAUAUAGUAAUAUUCAAGAUAUACAUAUCGAAGAUGUACAUAUUGAAGAUGGAUAUAUUAAAGAUUUAUAUAUCUGCAAUGAACAGUUUGAAAAUAAAUCUUAUCCUAAUGAUAUAUCUAGAAAAGUAUUGAUUAAAGAAAGUAAGAAAGAUAUAACACAAGAUGAUAACUUAAAAGACAUUAAAGAAACAGAAAAGAAUAGAACUAUCAAUAAAUCAUCAUCAUACAAACAAUAUAAUAUGAAUAAUUGUACUAGAAAAAAUAAUUCAUUUAAUUAUAAUGUAACGGAUAACAUAUGUCACGGAAAUGAAAAAUAUAAAAUGCCUGAUAAUAAACAGAUUUGUGAAAUUAUCAAGGAAAAAGAACAAUUAAUUAUAGAUGAAAUAUGCACCAUGGUAAAAAAUGCAAAUAAAAAAAUUAAAAAUCAAGUAGAGGAAUACAAAAACAAAAACGUAUCUGUUUUAGAUUGUAAAGACAAUACAAUACAAAAUAAUGAUAUUAAUAAUACACAAAAUAUUUUACCUAGAAAUCAAGGUAUAGAAAAAUAUAAAUUAAAUGAAAACGAUAUCCAUAAUACAGUGAAAAUAACAAAAGAAGUAUAUAGUAGUAAUAGCUUCUCAUCUAAUUCUGAUACAACACUGAGUUAUGAAAGUGUUAAUAAUAAAAAAAAUAAGAAAGAAAUAAGGAAUCAUUCUAAUAAUGUUGAAGGGUUAAGAGAUUUAACAAAAGAAGGUACAUUAAUUUUGAAGAAUGAAAAAGAAUAUACAAAAAACGAUAUAAAAGAUAUGAAUUAUUUAAAUAUGGAAUGUAAAUUAAAUCCUCUAAAUAAUAAUGAUGAUACAAGCGAUAUAAAUACAAAGAACAACUGUAAAUAUUUAUAUCCAGAAAAUAAUUCACAUAAGUUACAUAUUUUCAACAAUUCUAUGCAUAUAAGAAAUAUUAUUAAUAAUAAUAAUCUCGAAGAUUUCAAAAAUAUUGAUACACUAAACAAUCCAAGCAUUUUUAAUUAUAAAAAAAAUGUAAAUAAAAAUGGUAUAAAUCAUACACAAAAUGAUGUUUGUAAUAAUAUAGAAACAAUACAUUUAAGCAAUGUUGAAGAAACUCAAUGUGAUAAAUCAUUUAUGGAUAUUAUUGAAAAAAGGAAAAAUACAUAUGACUCAUCAGAUACAUAUAAAAAGGACCAAAUAAAAGACAAGGAGCUACAAAUAGGAUGCUUUUUAAAAGAGGAAAAUAAUAAUAAAACGGAUAUUCUAAAAAAUCCAUUAAAAGAAGAAAUUAGACAUUUGAAAUUAAAAUCUAAAAACAGUAUUGUAAAAGAACAAACUUGUAUUAAUGAUAUAUCAAACCAAAUAGAAGAACAUUUUUAUUCUACUUAUAUAAGUAAGGAUGCUUUAAUAGGAAUUCCUACAAAUGAUGAAAAAUAUAAUAAUAAUAAUAAUAAUAAUAAUUAUUAUAAUAUACCGAAAAAUUUAGAGAGAACAAAAGAAACAAUAGAAAAUUGUAAUAAAUAUUAUAAUGAAGAUAUACAAGAGAGACAUAUUAAUAAUAGUUUAGACGAAAACAAUAAACAAUCUUUGAGGGGUAAAGAACAAAUAAAUAAAGAAAAUAUUCCUAUGUUAUACAAGAAUGUAGAAAUUAUAUCGAAUAUAAAAAAUAUUGAAAUACCUCAUCGUGAGGAAAAUUCAAUAGAUGAAAAAAAAUAUUUUAAUGUAAAUCAAAAAGAUUUUUUUGAAAAUUUUAAAGAACAUAUAGAAAAUGAUUACUUUGAUUAUAGUAUAAUGGAUGAAAAUAGAAAGUGCAAUAUUGACACAAAUUUUUAUUAUGAUAAUAAAUACAUUAAUAAAAAUAAAAUAGUAACCCACGAAUUUGGUAGUGAUAAGGAAAAAUAUAUUGAACAAAAUGAACCUUCAAUAUAUAAUAAAUCAUCAAAUAUUAUUAAAAAUAAUGAUUACAAUGAAAAGGUUAAAUAUAUGAUGUCUUCAAUAAACGCCAGUUGUAAGUCAUUAAAGAGAACCUCUUUAUAUAAUGAAAAGAAAAAUGAAAAAAUAGAACCUUCUUUAUUAUUAAACUUGACAGACACAAAUACGCUUGAAAAUAAAUUAAAUGAUUCUUUUGAAUCAGAAGUUAUUGAAAAGGUAAGUAAAGAUGUAAAAUUGGAAAACAAGGUUGGCUCGAAUUAUAAACAAAAUAAAAAUAACAGCAAUAAUAAUAAUAACAACAAUAAUCAUAAUAAUAAAAAGAAAAAAUAUGCAAAUAUAUGUACAAACAUAUAUAAUAAUUAUGAUCAGAAAGGAUACAAGGAAAAUAUGAAUAUAAAAUUGACAUCAUUAAAUCAUAAAAAACGCUCAAAUACACCAUCUAUUAUGAUAGCUGAUGUCUUAAAAAUUAUUGAUAAAAAUUCAGAAGAAAAUUAUAAAGAAAGAACAAAAUUCAUAAGCCCAUAUAAUAAUAAGAAUACAGAUGAUGAAAAUAAUUGCUCUUAUAACAAUAUAAAGUUUGGUAAUAUAAAAAAUGAGAAAAGUAACAAAAUAGGAUAUCCAAAAAAUAGUAACCGUAAGGUUGUUAAUAUAAAAUCUCAUUAUAUAUCUAAGUAUAAUAAUAUGUUCUUAUAUAUGGAUACAGAUAAGAACAAAAAAAAAAAUGAGGAAAACAAAACGUAUAAAAAAAUGAAUAUUCCAUGUCAUAAGAAAAUUUAUGAAUGUGAAAAGAGAGAUAAUUCUAAAGAAAUUAUAAAAACUAAUUGUAAAAAAGAUGAUAAAAACAAAAAACAAUGUUCUUUUAAUGAACAUAAAAAAGAGAAAUUGUUCCAACAAAAGUUACCAAAUUUUGGAGGACAAGAAAUACCAAUAUGGGGAGGAAUUGAAGUACCAAAUUGGGAAGAAGAAUAUAAGCCACUUGGGGAAAAAAUAAGAGAACCAUAUGUAGAAGAGAAAAACAAAGAAAGAAUUAGAAAUAAAAUAUUUAAUGUAAAUUCAAAUAUUAACAAGAUUCAUUAUCCAUCUCCAAACAAAUUAAAAAAAAUGAAUUCUAUACAUAAUACACAAGAAACAGAGAAAUUAAGAAAAUUAAAAAACAAUAAUGGAAAUAAAUGUACUUAUGAAAAGGGUGAGGAAAAGAAUAAAAACUUUUGUUCUCAAUCAAGAAAUAAUUCAUUAACCAGUUUUAGAAAUAAAAAUGACAAGAAUAUAAAAAGGAAUGUUUUGACAAAAAAAGAUAGUAUAUUAAACCAAAACAAAUUAAAUGAUUGCAAAGAUGAUAUAAAAAAAAUGGAGAAGAAGAAAAUACAUAUGAACUCUCAUAUGAAUCAAAAAAUUGAUAGUGAUAAGAAAAAAAAGAAUAAAUUUGAAAAGUAUGGAAAAUAUGGAAAGAGCGAAAAAUAUAGAGGAAAGUAUCAUAAAUAUCCACUUGAUAUUGAAGCGUCUUAUAGAUGUAAAAAUCUUUAUCUAAAAAUUAAUGUAGAUACUAAUAAUGAACAAAUAUUAAAAUAUAUUCCAAAUAAAAUAUCAAAAAGAAAUAUGGAAUUUAAAUUAAUUAUAACCAAAUUUAUUGAUGGAUUUAUAAAAUGUACUGAAUCAAAGAUUUAUAAAUCAUCAAAUAUAAUUUUACAAAAUAUUGAAACAGAUAUUUCUUACAAUAUUACAAUUCAUGCAUAUAAUACUCUUGUACCUUCUUUAUGGUUAUAUGCUUCAAUAUCUUUUUAUUUGACAAAAUUCCAUUUGGAGAAUUUUAAAUUAAAAACUCCUUGUUAUUUUACCCUAGCCAAAAAUACAGAUUUCUUAAAUUCCAUAACAAAUCAUGAUAAUGAAAAAAAAAUUGUGCCUUUAAAAAAUGAAAAAAAUAUAACCCAAAAAAUAAUUUUGCAUAAUAUCAAUGAGAAAAAAAAGAUGAAAAAUAAUGAGUUAACAAAUAACUGUACAAAUAUGUUGAAGGAUAUUGAGGAAGGUGAUAAUCAGCACUUUUAUAAAAAUAAUUCAACUUGUUCUGAUGAAGAAAAUCCUGAUGAAGAAAACUCUGAUGAAGAAAAUCCUGAUGAAGAAAAUCCUGAUGAAGAAAAUCCUGAUGAAGAAAAUCCUGAUGAAGAAAAUUCUGAUGAAGAAAAUCCUGAUGAAGAAAAUCCUGAUGAAGAAAAUUCUGAUGAAAGUAUUGUGCCUAUAAAAAAUUUACAGAAUCAAAAUAAUUUAGAAUUUAAAGGUAUCAACAACCAAAAAAAUGGUAAUAUAAGUACUAGAAAUAAUAUCACUCUUAAUAAUAAUAUUAAUAAUUUGAAUAAUAAAUAUAAUAAUCCAAUAGAUGGGAAGACAGAAAUAAAUUCUCAAAUACAUAAUACAAUACAUGAGGAUGAAGAAAUAAAAAGCACUUCUAGUUAUGAAGAAUUAUUAUUAAGUUUCCAUGAUCUUAAUAAAAGUGAUAUAAGAAAUAAAUUUACACAAGUUAAAUAUGAAAAUUGUAAUAAUGUCGAUGAAAGAAAAAUAACACCCACAUUCGAAACACCCAGUGGAAUUGAAUAUCCAUCCUUUUGUAAGUAUGAUUAUAAUUCGACAUCAAAACAAAAGAUAGAAGUAAUAAAUAAAGUAUGUAUGGAAGAAGUAAAAGAUAAAAAAAAAGAAAAUUAUAUAGUAUAUAAAAAAAGGAAGGAUAAUAAAGAAUUGAAAAACACCAAAAUAUUGAACCAUAAUCCAAGGAAUCUUAAUAAACAAUCUUUCAAAUUUUCAGAGUUUUCUCUUAAGAAAAAAAAUGUAAACGUAAAUACAAAAACGCAAAAAAAUAUAAACAUAAAAUAUGAUAAUAACAAGGAAAAUGAUGAUAAUAAUAAUAAUGAAAAUAAUGAUAUUAAUGAUAUGGAUAUAUCCAAUAUGUCAUCAAACGAACUCACCAUCAAGGAAAUCACAGAUUCAAGUUCCUUUAUAUUAUCAAGUAGCUGUUUAUCCAAAGAAAAUUUUAAAAAUGAUAAUAAAAAAAAAAACAUAGAAUUAAUAAAAUCUAAUAAAGAUGAUUCCACUGAAAAUUCGCAUCAACGUGAAGAAAAAAAUAUUAACAACCUUCAAGAGGGUAAACAAACUUUAAGUGAUAUAUUAUUAAACCAACUUAAAGAAAAGAACGGAACAUAUGAUGAUGAUAAGGCUUAUACAAAAAAAAUACAUAAAAAUGAUAACAUAAAUAUGAAUUGUAAUAUUAAUAAAUAUGAUUUAGAUAAAAGCAAAAAUAUCUCCAUUAAUAAUAAUACCAUUAAUAAUAAUAAUACCAUUAAUAAUAAUAAUACCAUUAAUAAUAAUAAUACCAUUAAUAAUAAUACCAUUAAUAAUAAUACCAUUAAUAACAAUACCAUUAAUAAUAAUACCAUUAAUAAUAAUACCGUUAAUAAUAAAUAUAUUAAGAAAGAACACACGUCGUUUAUGAAUUAUAAAAAUAAAGAAAUGAAGAAUAUAAAAUUAGAUAAAAAAAAAAAGGGUGAUGAAUCUAUAAAAAAUUAUGAAAAAAAUUUAGAAGAUAUAUACAUAAAAAAUAAUAACUAUUGCAACAAUUAUAUGGAAAAAUCAAAAGAAGAAACAAACGAAAAUUGUUCUGUAAAAAAAUGUUUACCUACAAAAGAUAAUACAUCAAAAUUGGAUACUAAUGUUCAUAAUAAUAUGUGUGAUAAUAUAUACAAAAUGCUAAAUAAAAAGGAUGAUGGGAAAGAAAAUAAGAGAGAUUCUAUCCCUGAUUAUGUUUCAAUGGCAGAUUCUAUUUUUCAUUUAGAUGAUUGUAAGGAUAGCCAAAGUAAUAAUUCACAUAUCCAAGAAUUGCAAGAUGAAUGUGUUGAGAAAAUACAUAUGAUAGACAAGAAAGAUAUAUAUUAUAAUAGUAGUACAAAUAAGAAAAAGGAUGAAAUUAAGGAUAGAAAUGAUUUUUUUCAAAAUCAUAAUAUAUGUAACAGAGGAAUACAAAGUGGUAACAAAAAUUUGUUCGUAAAUAAUAAACCUAAUGAAUUUAACAAUUUACAUAAAAAAGAAAAUAAUAUUUUAAAUAAGGAUACAAGCGCUAUUAAUAGUAUGGGAAAUACUCUUUAUAAAAAUAAUAGAUCAGUAAAAAACAUAAAUGAUAUUAUAAUAAAAAGAAGUUAUACUCCUGAAAUUGUAACAAAGGUUUUAAAAAUUGAGGAAGCCAUAAACGAUAAUACUCAUAAUAUAGUUCAUAAAAAAGAAACAUAUUACAAACAUAAUAAGGGUACCGAUUAUAUAUCAAAUGAGUUUAAGGAAAAUAAAAAAGAAGGGAAAUCAAAUUCACUUAAAAGAUACCUAAAUAAAACAUGCGAUAAUUUAAAUGUAACGAGUAGAAUUAAUAUGCUAAAUAAAACUAGUCCAACAAUAAGUUUUCUAAACAAAACUUGUAUGAAUAACAAAAAUGUAGAUAAGGAAGAUAAUUAUAAAAAAUGUAGUGACACUAUAAAAGGUAAAAGUUAUAAUUCAGAAGAUUUAUUAUAUAAAGGUAAUUUUUAUAAAAAUGUAAGACGCGCAUACAAAAUAGAGAAUAAACAACCAUUUGAUAAUAAAAAAGAGAAAAAAGGUUUUAAGGUUGAUGAUAAUAAUGUAAAUAAAAAUAGAACAUUAAGAUAUGAUAAUAAUCAUGUAUAUACUCAUAAAGUGAACAGUAAUAAUUAUAUUACUAUCCCAAACACGUCUUUAAAUACAUCUUAUGGAAAUAUAAAUUCCAUAAAUAUUGAUGAGCAAAAUGAAAAGUAUUAUAAUAGUAAUAGUAAGAAGAAUAUUAUGAAUGAUAGUAAGAAUGAUAAACAAAAUAAGCAAUAUAUUAACAGUAAUAAAAACAAGAAUACAUUACAAUUUGAUGGUAAUUAUAUAAAAAAUGGAUCAAUAAAUCAGUCUGAAGAAAAUUAUAUAAUAAAAAAAAAAAAACAGCCAAAUUAUAUUAGUACAGACAAUGGUGAGAAUAAUAUUAAUAAUAUUACAUCAACAAUAAAAAAUGUUAACAAUUAUUUGGACAAAUUAAAAAAUGUAAAAGAUAAUAAUAAUAAUAAUAAUAAUAUAAAGAAUAUUUACUCUGGUAAUACCAUCUUAAAUAAUAACCCUUAUAAUUAUAUGAUAAACAAUAAUAAGAUAAAUUAUAUGCAAAAUCGUAACCCCAUAAAUAUUAAUAAUAAUAAUAAUAAUAAUUCUUAUUGUUAUGUAAAUAAUAAUAAUAUGAGUUCUAAUAAUAAUAAUAUAAGUUAUAUAUACCAACAAUAUAAUAAUCCAAUAAUAAAAAAAGAAGAUAACGUUUAUAAUACAAAUAGUAACAAACAUAUCCCAUAUAUGUUAAAUCGUGCCAAUCAUUUUAUUCAACCUAAUUAUGGUUAUAAAAAAAAUAUAAGGAAUGAUGAUUAUUUUGUGCAGUCCGCACAAUCACAUAUUAACACUUAUACAAAUAAUAAUCAGGAAUCCUUUGCCAAUUUGAAUAAUAAUAUAUACAAUAAGUUUAAUAUGGGUACUUGUCAGGAGGAAAAUAUUGCUUAUAAUAAUUUGUGCCGUGAUCAAAACAAAAUGUAUUUGUUAAACCAAUAUAAUAUGAGAUGUAAUCAAAAUAUUAAUCAGACACAUAACGAAUUAAGUAAUGAAACAAAAAAUAAUAUAAACAAUUUUAUCGAAGAAAAUAAUAUUGAUAAGGAAAAAAAUAUAUUUUACAAUAAACAAAAUGUCAAAUCAAAUAAUGAUUUAAAUAAAAAAAUAUCUACACCUUUAAGUGAUGUACCAAAAAUUAUUGGUGAAGACAAUUCCUAUGUAAUUUAUAAAAUGAAUGAAGAAAAGAAUAAAAAAAAUUAUUUUCACAACAAUAUUAGAAAUAUAAAUAAUCAUAUUAUGAAAAAUGUUGAUAAUAAUAUUUAUAAGAAUCAAUAUAUAUAUAAACCACAUGUUAAUCCAAAAUAUAUAACACCACAAAUUAGUAACAUCAAUAUGAAAAAUAAUUUGAAUCAUAUGGUUAAGAGAAUAAAUCAUAUAUAUCCAAAGAAUCAAAAUACUCAUAUUAAUAAUAUUCACAUAAAUAAUAAUAUAAAUAAUAUAAAAAAUGUAAAUUAUUUAAAUGAAGAAACAGAAAGAAAAAAAUUUAUACAAAUGAAUCAGGAAUAUUUAAAAAAUAUCCCUAUGGAUAAAAAUAAAAAUAAAUUAUAUUAUCCUUAUACAAAUGUAACAGAUAUGGGACAAAAUUAUGAAAAACAAAUAAAUGCAUCAAAAUUAAUAAAAACAGUUAUAAAUAAAGAUAGUAAAAAUAAUGUAGAACAUAAAGAAUAUCAAUUACCGUUAUCUUUUUAUAAUGUAACACAACAUGAUACUUCAAAGGAAAAUAAUUUGAGAUGUUUAAACAUUAAUCAAAUAAAACAAAAUAAUCAUACUUCUUAUGAUGAAAAUAAUAUUAUGUAUUACACAAGUCAAAAAGAGAAUUACAUAAAUAAAAAUUACAACAAUUUUCAACAUAUAAAUGAUAUGAAAUCAAUUAAUAUAAAUGAGAAGCCAAUAAAUGUGUAUGCAAAUAAUAACUUACUUUAUAAAAAAAAAAUAGAGAAGGAGAAUGAAAUAAAAAAGAGUUCAAAUAUUAAUAUAGAAGAAAAUAAUAUAUUAGACCAUACAAAUAAUAUUUCCCAUAUGAAUAAUAACGUAUAUCUAAAAAGUGAAAAUUGUAUUAAUAAUAAUAUCAGGAAGUUUUCACCUUCAUUUGGAAACAUAAAUAAUGAAGAUAUUAAAAAUAAUAAUUAUAAGAAAGAAGAAAAUUUACAAAUAUAUACAAAUUCACAAACUUUUCAAUUAAAUAUACAACUUGAUGAAUACACAUGUAAAGAAAUUGCUUUUACAUAUAGAGAUGUAUUAGAUGAAAAAGUAAUUCCUUUUAUUAAUAAUAAUAAAUUAAAAAAAACUUUUUUAAAUCCUAUUAAGGAAAAGAUGAGAUAUAUGAUGCAAAAUGGUAUAGUGAAAUGGUACAUAAGUAUUACAGAAUUUUUAUAA